CAAAUUGUGGGCACUCUGUAUGAAAAAAAAAUGAUUCAGGUUUGGAUGUUUGUAGGAUACACUUGGUUUAAGACAGCCGGAAAAAGCCUUAAUAGAUAUAACACAGUGACAAAAGGCGUAACUUCUGACUUUCUGCAAUAAGUUGAAACAUAUUUUACGGAUUUUGAACGGUGAAAAAUUGUUUUAUAGUGGUUUUGAUUUUCUUUAAAGAUUCACAAUGAAAGGAUCGUUUAGUAUAGAUUCUUUGUUGUCAAAGAAAGCCGAAAAGCAUCCUCAACCACCGUCGCCAUCACCGGAAGUAUCAAAUGUAUCUCCUAAAUCUGCGUCAUCAACAGUGUCACCAAGAACAUCUUCCGGUUGUUGCAGUCAUCCAUCAACUCCCAGCCCGGAGUUAAGACUCUCGCCUGAAGCAUAUGUUCAAAACAAGCAUCAUGUGUUUAAAAACAAUUUAAUUCCGCGACCAGGACUUUUAAAUGUGCACCAACAAGCAAUGUUACAAUCGAACCCAGCGGCUUUACAGGGACUUUUACAAGCGCAAUAUUUAAAUGCAUUAAAUGGACAACAUUCACAAAGUUCGCUACAUAAUUCACUUCAAGGUCACGGCCACUUGGCUCCUCAUCUACAAAACAGUUCAGCGUUCCAUGCACCCGCAGACCACGCGUACAAAAUGGCGGCACACCUUCAUGCAGCACAAUCUGGUAGCCCCGUUCAACCUUACAUGGGAGACUGGAUGUCACGAGGUGGAAUGCUAAUGUCAAGGAUGAUGGACUAUACUGCACAAGCACAGAAUAGUUUGAUGGGUAAAACACGGAGGCCCCGCACAGCAUUCACUUCCCAGCAACUUCUCGAGUUAGAGAGGCAGUUUAAGAUGAACAAAUAUCUGUCUAGACCUAAACGUUUUGAGGUGGCUACAACACUAAUGCUGACAGAGACACAGGUUAAAAUCUGGUUUCAAAAUCGCAGAAUGAAAUGGAAGAGGAGCAAGAAAAACUUUACAACCAAACCACAAAAUGGUCAAACAAACUCGUCAAUGGCGGACGGUAACCAAAACGAGGCUGGCAACGACUUUCAUAAUGACGUAGAUAUAGGAGAUGAUGAAGACGAUUCGGAUAUAGAUAUUUCGGAUGACCAAGAUAUUGACAUUGAACAAAAGAGUGAUAAUGAAGACAUUGGAGUUCGCGAUGAAGAGGUUAAAGACUCUCAGAAUGGGUGUGGCACACUAGACUUAAGCAUGAAAAGAUUCGCUUUACCGGGUCAUAUGCAAAUCUCGAACUUUUCUGUUGAGAGCAAGUUAUUAAGUGCCACUUCCGUCUUGUGACUAUGAAUUAUGGUUUCCUUUUCCUGUUUCUCUGUGCAAUUUUAAUAUGUUUUUAUCGACAAAUGACGUCAUUGAAACCAGCAAUGGUGGUAUUCAUUAUUAUAACAUUUAUUCGCCCGUUAAAAUAUCAUCGAUAUGAAAAGUUUCGAAGCAGACGAACAUUCGGUGAUGUUUCGUUAUUGGCCAAACCUUAUAGGACAAUUGUAAGCUCAAGCAAUAAUAACUUUAAGCAGCCAGGUCUUAGCACAUUAUUGCAGCCAGUGUUAUGUAAUUGUAAGAAUAAUAAGUAAUUUAUUUAUUCUUCAUGUGAUUUCCAUUUGUUUGACUUUCUUGGAAGUCAAAAUUCAGACUAGUAAUGGUGAAAAUUGUUCUUGAGAGACAAUAUAUAAAGUGCAACGUUUCUCACCCAGUAGCACACGGCGUAAGCAAUAUUUAAUAAUAGUAUUAAAGGCAUUAAAAGCAAUGCUCUCGAAUGAAACACUUGAAAAUUAUUUUAUGAGAAAAAAAAGAAACCACUCUUUAACCAUAAAAAGUGAUAAGUGUUUGGCCACCGGUUUUAAUUGCAUUUCGUUACUUAAAUGGUUUAAAUUCAAAUGGAACGUCCCAAAUCUAAAUCAGUGCAAAUUCAUUUCAUUUAAAGUUUAACUUUCGAAAUUUGAUAAUUACUAGAUAACUACCUAUUUCACAAAGUUUAUCAACUUCCGACGUUUCGAGGGGAUAAACCCCUCUUUACCAAGGAGUUUGCUGUGAUUUCGAUAAUUACUUAAUCGGUAAAGAAACUAAUAACGGCAAAAGUGGAAGAUACAAAUAGUCUUCUUUUGCGCGUACUCGUACGCUAGUACAUUUUGUAUCUUAUUUUGCUUCUGUUUCUCCCUUUUAUAAAUCAUGUAAUAGAUUGUCACGUAUAUUUAAAUUAUGUCAUAAAUGUAUUAUUAAAAUAUAAUGAAAAAUA